UCAUUGCUUACAACCACACAAUCGAACCCAAAGAAAUACCCUUCUCGCCGAUGUUUAUUUGCUUUCAAGCAUAUGAAAUGCUUAGUAUCAUCUAUCGCUAAAUCCUCAAGCCUCCUUUCAUAUGCUCCCAACACAUGUACCAUCGAUAAUCUCACACCACACUUCUUCUUCAUGGUGUAUCUACACUCUAAAAUGCUUGAUUCAUAGUUGCGACUAAUAUGUCGACGCCAAAAAUGAUUCUAUUAGCCAACCAGCUAACCGGGUCGUCUAUCAUCAUGAUCCUCGUAUUAGCUCCUUCCACACAGGACCCCUCCCUUCACCGCCCCCGGCCUCCAUGCUGUGUCCACCACAAUCACCGGUAACGUGCCCUUUCCCUCCGUCAGUACAACGCAACAUGCAAACAAGAACUAGUUAAGUCUUGUCCGGGACCAAACAAAAUCCAACCAUUGAAUACGAAGUUAUUCUCACCGUGCACAGCUGCAGAGCAAACACCAAUCACACGAGUGAGGAAAACAUAACGCAUGAGUCGAUGAGCAGUGUGGGGACCUAUAGGCAACCGGCAUCAAGAUUCAAGUUAUUCAUAAAAAGAAAAUUUUACAUAGCUACAUAUAACAACUUAACAACUUAACAUGAUGCAUGUCUAAAUAAAUUCGAUCUAGAUCCUCGAUUUUUAGAUCUAAUUUAACCUCUCAUGUAUAGAUUUUAUAUCAUUAUUUUCAGUCGUAUGUAAUAGCGGGGCUACUGUAAAAAAAAAACAUGUCCAGUUAUUUCCACGGUCACCAUUUUUGCUAGGCACACCUGUUUCCAUGAUCCUAUAUCUCACCCGUGUGCAGAUCGCCCCUGUGAUCCGCACAUCAAAACCUCCAGUCCUCUACAGUAGCAAGGAGUAAACCACAGAUCCAACGGGCGCCAGGCAUGCAUGCACAGCUAUCAUCGGUCGAUCACGCGAUGCACCCGCACACACGGGCCCACGGCGCACACUUAGCGGUACACGUGUACGGCAGAGGCGUAGAAACGGUAAGCCUCUCUCUGUGCUGUCUCGCACCAUUCCAGAACCGUUCCAGUUCACUUCCCCCCAAGCAAACAAAAGCACUGCAAAGCUAGCUAGCUAGCGCUGCAUGCAACGCACGGCACUGGUGGCCGGGUGGACGGACGGUCGUUGCUAGCUUGACCAGCCGUGUGCGCGGCGCGCCCCAGUCCCGGACGACAAGAAACCCCCCGGCCCGGUUCACUUCCGCGCGCGGGGCGGUGCGCGCCCCACAUCGCACCGCGCGCUGCACGCACGCACGUACGCGCACGCACACGCGACGCAAGCGCAGCCGCCCGCACCGCACGCAGGUGCAAAGCCGCAAACAACAAAACGCUCCCCCGUCACCUCCCACCACUGCAUGCGAGGAAGCGUGCGGGGGACCACCGUCGGUGUGGUGGUCCACCCCGAGGCAAGCUACGUACGUCGCGCGCCGGCCGCGCCGCCCGUUGGGCUGCAUGCUGGCUUGCGUCGCGUCGCGUCGUUGGGACGCCCGGGGAGGAAAAGGCGCAGCUAGCGGAAACCGCCACCCGGCCCCGGAGCAGCGCGCGCCGCGCGGGGUCCGUUUCGUCCGACCCCGAUCGAUCGAUCAACCGGCCACGGCCGUCCGUCUGCACGAAGCAUUUCCAUCCACCACACGCGUACGUCCCCGUCACGCGAUCCCAUCUCGGUCCCCUGGCCCCUGCAGUGACGCGAUCAUAUGCAUGAAUGUACGUGCGUGCUCUCUCUCGUGUGGUCUGGUCCGCGCGCUCGUGUAUAAAUAGGCCCGGCCGGUCGCGUUCACCUCCCCACGCUGCUCCUCGAUCGGCUCUCUCGCGCUCCCUGAUCAUUCCUGGCUGGUUCGUACGUUGUGAUUGAUCGAGAGAUCGGCGUUGCACGCGAUGGCGGGGAUCAGUGCCUGUGCCUCGUUUCCUGUGGUUGCGGUGGACUCCGCGUUGAGACCAGAGGCGGUGGAAGGGCAGGGCGCGGCGGCGACGGCGGUGGCGGCGCCCAAGACGGUGACCGAGUCUGAGUCGUCGGCGUCGGCGUCGGCGUCCAUGGAGCCGGAGGAGCAGGUGGAGGAACCAGCGAAGAAGAGGAAGAGGGACCCGGCGCCGGACGUGGGGAGCUCCAGCAUGGACGGUACUGACGGCCAAGGAAGCGACGACGACAAGAACGACGACGGCGAGGAAGCGCCGGUGCUGCAGGCGGUGUCCCCGCCGCGGCAGAAUGCUCUCCAGCGGCUUGUCGACGAGUGCCGCGUGCUGCUCGAUGGCUCCUCCAAGUCCACUCAGCCGCCCAACAGUACUACCGUCUCCCGUAUCGUCGCCUUGCUCAAUGGAAUUGGACCGGAUGACCUCAAGCUGGGCACGGUGCUCGACACCUCCGAGGUAACGAGAGCUGCCGCUUUCCGCCGCCGAGACCCCAUACAGGUUAUCGGGGGCAAUUACCUGUACGAAUGCGAUAAUUUCACGGUGGCGGUCUUCUACCUGCCCGCCGGGACGGUGAUGCCGCUGCACGACCACCCGGGGAUGACGGUGUUCAGCAAGCUCCUCGCCGGCUCGGUGCACGUCCAGUCCUUCGACUGGGUCAGCCCCUCCGUCUACGGCUCCGGCGGGAAGCGCGCUGUUCACUCUAAGAAUACGAAGCUGGUGAAGAAGGUGCUGGACCACGUCGUGGAGGCGGGGUGCGGCACCUGGGUGCUGUACCCGUCCACCGGCGGGAACCUGCACCGGUUCGUCGCCGGCGUGGACGGGCCCUGCGCCUUCCUCGACGUCCUCACGCCGCCCUACUCGGAGGGCCGCCUCCGCCGGUGCACCUUCUACCGUGAUUACCCCUUCCAACUCCACCGCAAUCACAGGUUCGCCCGCAACUUGAGCGCCCAGGAGAAGAGCCAGUUUGCAUGGCUGCGACCGAUCAACGCCAGCGCGCCGCCGGACCUUCGGAUCGUCCCCUUGACGUACAGUGGCCCGCCGGUCGUCUAGGCCGGCCGGCUCGCCGGCGGGCUGGCCGGCCGCCGCCGGCCGCCGAUCGAAUGAACGGUGGCCACCGCGCGCGCGCUAGCUCGAUCGUGUGUCGCUUACUGUUGACGAACGAAUAAAUUGGUGUGAUAUGAUCGAUGGUUUGCGACGAUGAUUAUUAGUAUUGGAGCGAGUACUCGAUCCGCUUGUUAUCUUAGCAGUACUUUGCGUUGCAGCAACUUGCUCUCUUCGUGUGCAGCAAUAAUAAACAAUAAUGACCAUCCCCAGAUGUUUUAAUUACUUUGAGUGUCCUUAGUGUAAUUUGUUGGUGUGAAUUUCUCAA